AUGGCGAAAAUAGAUUACGUUGACCUUGCCACGAUGAGGUAUAGAGGUUCUUUCUCUUACAUUAACGACAACAGAAGAGUAGUCAGAAUAGACAACAACACCAAAUUAAAGAUCGAAUCAUUAGGCCAAGGUGUUGCCUGGAUUUACUUCGCAAAUAGACAUGGUAGAUCUAUCCAAAUCCCUAACGGCUUUACUCUCUGGGAUACCGUUAGAAACGCCAACAAUGGCGUUGAAGUUCUUGCUUUACGAAAUCAGAUGCAGCAAUCAUUGGAAGGUGUCGAUUGGUUUGAAUAUGAUGUAGAAAUGGGCCCUUAA